AGUCCGUCAGUCAUAAUCAUUCACAAUCAGUCGAAAUGGAGGCUCAAUCGGGUUGGAUUUCUUUCUGCGUCGCAUAAAAUUUAACGACUCUGAACGAUUUAACAAAAAUAGUAAAAUUAAUGUGAUAUCGUGAUAUGUAGUGUCAACGUAUGGUUAACGUACACAUGUAUAUAUAAUCAAGUUAUAAAAGUCGUUCGCGCGAUUAAUUAAAAUUCUAAUUUGAACCAAAAUGCAAACGAUAUAGUAUAAGUUUCAUCGUAUUCAGGAUUUUUGUUGUAACAUAUAUAUAUAUAUAUAUACAUACACGUACAUCGUUGGCGGAUCGCACGAUGGAUGCGAGCAUAAUGAAACGGUAUACCUCUGCAAUCGUCGCAUAGCGAGAAAAGAAGCGGAGGAUUUGGACAAGAUUGCGAAUGCAAGCACAUCUGUUCGCAUUCGAAACAGAUCAAAAUGUUUCGUAGUCGCAGCUGGUUCGGCGGUGGGCUUUGGAAGCCGAAGAAUCCACAUUCUUUGGAACAUCUUAAAUAUUUGUACAAUGUCCUGUCAAAGAAUCAAACUGUGUCUGAGAAUAACAGAGGUUUGUUGGUUGAAACUCUGCGUUCGAUAGCUGAAAUUCUUAUAUGGGGUGAUCAAAAUGACAGUGGUGUUUUUGAUUUUUUCCUUGAGAAAAACAUGCUUUCUUUCUUCUUACGUAUUAUGAAGCAAAAAUGUGGAAGCUAUGUGUGCGUUCAACUAUUACAAACAUUGAAUAUUUUAUUUGAAAAUAUACGCAAUGAGACAUCUUUGUAUUAUCUGUUAAGUAACAAUCAUGUGAAUAGUAUAAUAGUACAUAAAUUUGACUUCAGUGAUGAGGAAGUGAUGGCAUAUUAUAUCAGUUUUCUGAAGACACUGAGUUUGAAAUUGAACGGCCAUACCAUCCAUUUCUUCUAUAACGAGGUAAACGAGCAUACCAACGAUUUUCCACUGUAUACAGAAGCGAUAAAAUUUUUCAAUCAUUCGGAGGGUAUGGUGCGCAUAGCUGUGAGAACACUGACGCUGAAUGUAUAUCGCGUUGAGGACGCAUCUAUGUUGGCUUUCAUAAGGGAUCGUACAGCCGCACCGUACUUCAGCAAUCUUGUAUGGUUCAUCGGUGAUCACAUCAUCGAGCUGGACACUUGCGUCCGGAACGACGCCGACCACCAAAGUCAAAAUAGGCUCUCAGAUUUAGUCGCGGAACAUUUGGAUCAUCUGCAUUAUUUGAACGACAUUCUGUGCUUGAAUAUAUCAGAUUUGAACAAAGUUUUAUCCGAACACCUGUUACACAAGUUACUGGUCCCAUUGUACGUUUAUUCUUUGAUGAGACAGAAGAACGUUUUGUGCCAAACUCAGGACGAGAGGAAACACGUCAGUGUCGUGGUAGCGCUUUUUUUACUCUCUCAAGUUUUCUUGAUAGUGUCGCAUGGACCCCUUGUACAUACGUUAGCGGCUGUAAUGCUCAUGUCCGAUUUAGACACUAUUCAAACCGGGACGUCUAAAGUGCUGGAGAAGUUCGGCGAUUCUACGUCGAAUAAGUUCGUCGCCUUUUUUCUGUCGGGAGAAACGUUGGGAAAAUCUUCGGAGACCUUGACUGAGACAUUGUCAACGUCUGAGGAGAGCGAUAUAAAAAACACGAGAGAGUUCGCUGUGAACUCAGACAUGUGCGACGAGUCGGAUGAGCGGGAAUCCGAUCGUUCGAGCGCGAUUCACGUCCGGACAGCUCGAAUCUUGAAAAAAUUCGGGGAUGCAAUGUCGUCGACUAAGCCUGUCGCUUCUUCCCCAUCGAGGGAAACACUAGAGAAAUCUGCGGAAAUCCUGAGCGAAACGUCAUCGACGUCCGAGGAGCAUCGCCACGUGGAGAGCGAUGCGAGAAACGCGAAAGAGAUCGCUGUAAGCGCAGACGAGUCGCGGGAGUCCGAGCAUCCGAGUACGUCUUUCGAUUUAGUAAAUACCUCCGCUCGUAUGCGUACACCACUGGAUACGAGCGUCCCGAGUGAAGAGGAUUUCGAAGAAAUUAAGCAUUUGAAUGUGACAGACGAAGAGAAACAGCAACGCUUGGCGCUGGAGAGCCCGUUGACGCCGCAUCCCACUCAGAACGACAUAUUCGAGUCGCUAGCGAAGAAGCCGUUUCUGGAAACGAUCGUCAGCUCGUUGCUGUGCGCGGAGAACGAUUACGCGGCGUUGUUCACGCUCUGCCUGCUUUAUGCAUUAGCUAACAAUCAGGGCAUAAAUCGCCAAAUUCUGGACGUGAUCCUGUCGCCGUUCGACAGCGCGUCUAUGAAAAAUUCGUACAACGAAUUGCUCAUGGACAGACUGAUUCACAUCAUAACACUGAGCUGUCAGACGAAUUCCAAAGUGCGGCUCGUCACAUUGGAAUUGACCAUCAAGCUAUUGACGCAACUGAUGGUGUCCGAGGGGCAAUGCUUGCUACGGGACUCGCAUGUGGCGGCCAUCGAAGCCGCAAGGGAACAGAGCACGUCUUUGCUCAAGAAUUUUUACAAAAGCGAGGAUAUAUUUUUGGACAUGUUCGAGGAUGAAUACAGCGAGAUCAAGAAGCGGCCGCUGAACGUGGAGUGGUUGAUGAUGGACAGCAAUAUCUUGCUGCCUCCGACAGGCACGCCGAUGACCGGGAUCGAAUUUACCAAAAGACUGCCAUGCGGCGAGGUGGAGAGAGCGCGACGUGCGAUACGGGUAUUCUUCCUGAUCAGGGAGCUAUCUUUGAUACUGAAUACGGAAACAGAGACGCAAUUGCCACUAACCAACCCAGCGAACUGCGUACAAGUUAACAACGUUCUUGAUCUAAAUAACAGCGACUUGAUCGCGUGCACCGUUGUGUGGAAGGAUGGUCAGAAGAUCCGACGUUUUCUGGUCAUCGAUGUUGUACAGCUGAUUAUCGUAGAACCGGACACCAGCAAACUCGGAUGGGGCGUCGCGAAGUUAGUCGGCUUCCUGCAGGACAUCGAUGUAGCCGGCGACAAAGACGACUCGAGGUGUUUGCAUCUGACAAUUUACAAACCGUUAAGCAGCAGCACCGGCAAUCGCAUACCGUUGCUGUCGGCUAAAUUCGUUUUUGACGACCACAUUCGAUGCAUGGCCGCCAAACAGAGGCUGACGAAGGGACGAAUCAAAGCGAGACAGAAGAAGAUGAAUCAGAUCGCCAGAUUGCUGGACAUUCCGACGAGCGUACCUCAUUGCUCGACACCGCCUAAUUACGCGUUGCGCGGCUUACGGCACGAACGUACGCUCGGGCGGGCUCAGAAACAGAAGGACCAGCCGAGGCCGAUGUUCACGGUAAACAAAGUUCCUGGAUUCGCGGCACAAAUGCGUAGGGAAAAUACUAGGCCAAUGGCAUCGUCGAGUUCGAAACGCGAUGAUGCCAGUUCGAAUGAGAAGGCUCAUGAGAACGGUUUGCGAUCUAGAGACGGCUCGCCCAAGAUGCCAAGGCCGCGGAGUGAGGAGAUUCCUCUGGAGGACAUGCGAAUUCGGAAGGCAUCUCUGACGUCCAACGGGCUCAACAUGCCGCGACCCGAGAGAAGAGACAGUCAGAGCUGUUCGACUAACAUUGAUUCUUCGUCUGUGAUCAAAAAACACUCCGAAGAAACAUCCUUUACGUCUCCACAAGGGCAAGAGCCGAAGCCACGUAGGAAAGGUCAAGUGGAAACCGUGUGAUCGCGACCGUAAAAUUAACCGGGCAAACUAAUAUCGCGGAUUGUAAGCGUAUAUGUAUAUUUUUGUCUUUUUUGGAAAUUAGAAAAUGAUUGAAAAAAUAUAUGUGCAAUCUUUCGAGUUAGCGAAAAUAAUUCACUUGAUUAAUUUAGUAUAAAAAGAAAAAAAUAUUAGUAUGUAUAAAUGCGGAUGUUUUAUCUUGUAACUAGUAAAAUCUUAAUUUUUACGAUAUUUUUGUCAAACGUGAGUAGUAGCGAGUGUGUUAGACAAAUUUAUAUUUCUGGACACAAAACUCUUAUGACAAAUCUUGGAAAACAUAAGAGAAGGAAAAUAUUGGAUAAUUUUAUUGAGCUAAACUUUUUUAUGUUACGAUACCUAUUAAGGCUGCCUCGUAAGUAUCGCACAUUCUCUACUUAACUAUAAAGCGUUUUCAUACGGGCUGCCGAUUAAGAAUAUAAAUACAUUGCUAUAGCGGUAAACAAAAAUCGUGUAACGAUCUUGUAAUUAAUUCAUGUAUAUAUAUCCCUGUUGGUUAUAGUUUUUCUAUAAUUUAAAAAAUAAAGGAAAUUACGAUCUCUAAGUAAUAUUGAUUAUUUCAUGCAUACAUUUA